UCUACAGAGACUGGAGCACACAGGCAGCUCCCCCACUCUGUGGCUGGGGGGGGGGUCCUUUCUGGUUUUAGGGUGCGCCCUUCUGGCGCGAUUUGAGAUCCUCUGGCGGAAGAUGCAAAGGGUUAAUCAUUGAACCGGGUUACUAUUCAACCCGCCUGAUGUGGGAGGGGAAAUAACCGAACCGAGCCAAAGAAAUUCACCAGCUCCAGGCCAAGGGGUGGGGCAGGGCAGGGCAGGAGAGAAGCCUCCGGCGCAGGCAGGAAGCGCGAGGCGGGGGGAGGCCCUGGCGGCAUGGCCCUCGCGUUGUUGCUGCCGGGCCUUCCGUGGUGGAACGUUGCAACACCGCGCUCCCAGCCCCCUGCGGAGCAUGGCCGGGCGAAGGGAGGCCGAUCUCGGCUCGCUGCUGGCGCAGGCCCGGGUGGCGUAUCGAGGGGCCUUCGCAGGGGCGGACCCUGAGCUCGCGGUGUCAGCCCCCGGCAGGGUGAACCUGAUCGGAGAGCACACGGACUACAACCAGGGCUUCGUGCUGCCUAUGGCCCUGCAGCUGGGCACCGUGGUGGUUGGGAGCCCAAGGCAGGACGGAACAAUAUCCGUCAUUACAACCGCAGAGGAGGCAGAGGAGCCCAAAAGGGUGCAGUUUCCAGCUCCAACAGAAAGAAACACCCUGAAGCCCGGGGAACCUCACUGGGCUAACUAUGUGAAGGGUGUGAUCCAGCAUUACCGAGCCGGUCCUCUCCCAGGCUUCAACGCAGUGAUAGCCAGUAACGUUCCCCUGGGCGGUGGCCUGUCUAGUUCAGCCUCUCUGGAAGUGGCUACGUAUACCUUUCUGCAGCAGCUCUGCCCAGAUGAUGGGGACUUAGUAGCCAAGGCUCUGGCAUGCCAGAAAGCUGAGCACACAUUUGCUGGUAUGCCCUGUGGGAUCAUGGACCAGUUCAUAUCUGUGAUGGGCAAAGAGGGCCAUGCAUUGCUGAUAGACUGCAGGUCGCUGGAGACUUUCCUCUUGCCUUUGACUGACCCCAGCUUGGUGGUUCUCAUCACCAACUCCAACGUGCGGCACGCGCUGACGGGCAGCGAGUACCCCACACGCCGGCGCCAGUGCGAGGAGGCAGCGAAGGCUCUGGGCAAGGCCAGUCUGAGGGAGGCCUGUCUGGCCGACUUGGAGGCUGCCCGGGCCCUGCUGAGCGAGGAGGUGUACCGGCGCGCGAGGCACGUCAUCGGAGAAAUAGAGCGCACCUCCCGGGCGGCGCAGGCGCUGCAGGCCAGGGACUACAGGGCAUUUGGGAGGCUGAUGGUGGAGAGUCACAACUCCCUCCGGGAUGAUUAUGAGGUCAGCUGCCCUGAGCUGGAUGAGCUGGUCGCUGCAGCGCUGGAUGUCAGUGGGGUUUAUGGCAGCAGGAUGACGGGCGGAGGCUUUGGAGGCUGCACGGUCACGCUGCUGGAGGCUGAAGCAGCAGAGGAAGCUUUGCAGCACAUCAAGGAGAAGUACAACGGCACAGCUACUUUCUAUUUCACUACGCCUUCAGAUGGGGCAAAGGCACAGCCUCUGUACGGAGUGACUUCCCUUUCUACAUAGGGCGCUCUGAUCUCUGGGUCCUCAAUGGUGUCAGAGGAAAAUUUCUGGGCCAGCUGCCUUCCCCCUUCCUCCUGCAGGAGAUCAAACGUGGCUCUGUUUCUAACUUCACAACGGAACACAGGGAAAUGUACAAAUCUGUGUCACUCAAGUAAUAAAACUAAUUUUGCACAACA